AUUUUUUAUUUAUGAAUUUGAUUUUAUGAAAUUUGAUUCGGCAUUCAGAGUUGCCGUCCUUCAACAGUGACAGCCAGCCGGCCAGGGCUUAAAAUCUUCUGUCCAUCACCAUUCAUUCGUCUUUAAGUUUUUGAAGGCAUUUUCAAUGGCGACAAAUAUUGGAAUGAUGGACAGCGCGUACUUUGUGGGGAGGAGUGAGAUAUUGACUUGGAUUAAUGAUAGGCUUCAGCUCAAUCUCUCUCGUAUUGAAGAGGCUGCAUCUGGUGCUGUCCAAUGUCAGAUGAUUGAUUUGACGUAUCCUGGAGUUGUUCCAAUGCACAAGGUGAAUUUUGAUGCAAAAACAGAAUAUGAUAUGAUCCAAAAUUACAAGGUUCUGCAGGAAGCAUUCAACAAGUUGAAAAUCGAUAAGCAUAUUGAAGUCAACAGGCUAGUUAAAGGACGACCUUUGGACAACUUGGAGUUCCUACAAUGGCUUAAGCGUUACUGUGAUUCUGUGAAUGGCGGCAUCAUGAACGAGAAUUAUAAUCCUGUUGAUCGUAGGAUUAAGGGUGUGAAAGAUCGGAAUCCUAAGGGAUCUCAGAAGAUUCCAAAAUCUCUGCAAACAAACAAUAUGCACAACCCUGUUUCUGGUGACACAGUUGGUCUUGAUAGGGCCUCCGGCUUCAGGCAAGGGAAGACAUAUGCAGCAGCAGGUGGAACUAAUUCUUCAAGGGAGGUUCAGGCUUUGUCCGAGGAGAUUGCCGCUCUCAAGCUCUCUAUGAAUCUUCUGGAAAAGGAAAAAGAUUUUUACUAUGGAAAAUUAAGGGAUAUAGAAAUUCUCUGUCAGACUCCUGAACUGGAGAAUAUUCCAAUGUCUGUAGCUAUUAAGAAGAUACUGUAUGCUGCUGACGCGAAGGAAUCUGCACUUGCUCAAGCCGAGGAUUUCCUAUCACAGUUUACAACUGCUGAAGCUGAAGCUGGAGCUGGAGCUGGAGCUGGAGCAGAAAAUGAUGUCUGAGUGUUUUUUUUUUUCUUUUUUAACUGAAAAGGAGGCUAGGCCUGUAAAGUAAAACACUUUGCUGGGUCUUCUGGCUAGAUAGCCCAUUAAUGCCUUCCUUUGUCAUGAGAUGCUUCGGAUCCUUUUAUGUCUACCUGUAUUGUCUGAACAUUGAACCUUCUUUAUGUCUUCUAGUUGUAUUUUCUAGACAGAUAA